GUGAAAUUACACAUUUAGAAUUUAAAAGUAUGAAUAAUUAUUUUCUUAAGUAAAAAUAUCAUUGUAAUGCAUUUAAAAACUAUAUUAAUCUUUUGUUCAUUUUGUUUUUUUACCAGCAUAAAAAGCGAGGGACUUAAUGUACGUCAAAUAGAUUUCUUUGAAGCUUUGAUAUUGAGUCGUAGAUAUGGUGAAAAUAUUGAUAUAUUAAAACAUGCAUUAUAUUGUCAUGAAAUCAAAGAAACUUACAAUGAUUAUAAACUUGAAGAUGGAAUCAAUGUAAGAAUUUUCAAGAUUUUGAAUUUUUUGGUUAAAGUUAAAAAGACAGGCGAUGAAAAAAGAGUGGAAAAACUUGAUAUAAAUGAAGUCGAAAUAAUCUCAAAUAUAUUCAGAAAUCUUGACACAGACAACGAUGGCUUGAUAAAUAAGGAACAGUGCAAUACAUUGAUUGAUUCUAUUUCCUACUGUGUAUAUACUGGAAACGUGAAAAAACUGGAUAUAAAUGAGGUUCAAAGAAUCUCAAGUGAAUUCCGUAAUCUUAACCUAGACAACGAUAGCAUGAUAAGUAUGGAACAAUGCAAUCCAUUGAUUGAUUCUAUUGGCUGCUCUGACUCUAGUAGAGGAAGCGUAGUAACACUGAACGAAAAUAAUAAUGAAAAUCUCAAAAAGUUUUUAGUUAAUAUGAAGAAAGAAUUUAAUGAUGCGAAUACAACAUCAUUCACUUUAGGUGAGGUUCUAAUAAAAGUAUUAUUCUACAAGACACAAUUUAAGAAUACUGACUUUGAUACACGUUAUGAAAUUCAUCAUAUACUAUAUCAAAUUUCACAAUUGUAUUCUCCAAAUUCGAUAUAUCAUUUAAAUACGUUUUACAAAUAUUAAAUGUAUUACAGUAGGAAAUAUUAUUUUUAAUAAUAAUAAAUAGUAUUAUUUUUUUAAACUUUCAAA